GAGGGAGCGAAGCAGGCAGAGGCUGAGACGAAAGCUGAAGGGUGCUCCAGCACAGCCGCGCUUGGCCUGUCGCCCCCUCCCCAAAAUGCUGGGUCUCCCUGUGGUGCUCCUGGCCCUCUCCCAGGCCGCCUGGUCCCCCUCGGUGGAUGGGGCGCCCCGCACGGUCACCCCCAGCCUCCUGCAGAAGAAGCCGGGCACCACCAUGAGCCAGGUGACAGCUCUGCCUGAGCUUGCCUCUGCCUCCCCCGCCACCCCCAGGACCAAACAGGUAAGCGGCACGGCUGGCCCGAGGCCCACGAGCCCCGCCAACCCCAAGACCACCGUCCCCGCUGGCCGGAAGGACCUGGAAGAGCCCCUUUCCACAAACGAUGCCAAGACUAGGAGACCCUCCAUGGAGGAGGAGAAGGUGGACAAGAAAGCCUUGAACAAAUCUGUCCGCAUUAAAGUCAUCAAGAAGAAGGUCUUGAAGAAGAAAGGCAAGCCUUCCGCCCCGGAAACAGCCACGGAAGAGGCGUCACAAUGCCCCCCGCUGGGACUCGAGUCUCUGAGAGUGAGGGAUUCCCAGCUGCGAGCUUCCAGUAUCAAGCGCGACGGCCUCGGGCCGCACCGCGGACGCCUCAACAUACAGUCUGGCAUCAAUGAUGGCGAUUUCUUUGACGGGGGCUGGUGUGCUGGGUAUCAGGACAAGAAGCAGUGGCUGGAGAUUGACGCCAGGCGGAUGACGCGUUUCACCGGGGUCAUCACGCAAGGGCUGAAUUCUAUCUGGACCUAUGACUGGGUGACUUCGUAUAAGAUCCAGUUCAGCAAUGACACCCAUAGUUGGCAGCCUUGCAAGAAUGGGAGUGAGGAAGCGACAUUUCCUGGAAACAAAGAUCCGGAGACCCCAGCCCUCAGCCUGCUCCCCGUGCCCGUGGUGGCUCGAUACAUCCGCAUCAACCCUCAGACGUGGUUCGAGAACGGGACAAUCUGCCUGAGGGCGGAGAUCUUGGGUUGCACCGUGCCAGACCCCAACAACAUCUAUUUGUGGGACGACGCACCAGUGACCAGUGAUAAACUGGAUUUUAGGCAUCACAACUACAAGGAAAUGAGGAAGCUGAUGAAGAAAGUGAAUGACGCGUGCCCCAACAUCACUCGGGUGUACAGCAUCGGGAAGAGCUACCUAGGCCUGAAAAUGUACGUCAUGGAGAUUUCUGACAACCCCGGGCAGCAUGAAGUAGGGGAACCAGAGUUCCGCUACGUGGCAGGCAUGCACGGCAACGAGGCGCUAGGCCGGGAGCUGGUGCUCAACCUGAUGGAAUACCUGUGCCACGAGUACAAGCAGGGCAAUCCUCGCGUGCUGCAGCUGGUCACCGAGACCCGGAUCCACCUGCUGCCCUCCAUGAACCCCGAUGGCUACGAGAGGGCUUACAAGCUGGGCUCCGAGCUGUCCGGCUGGGCGCUGGGCCGAUGGACCUACGAAGGCUUUGACCUCAACCACAACUUUGCCGACCUCAACACGCCCCUGUGGGAUGCAGAGGACAACGAAAUGGUGCCCCAUAAGUUCCCCAACCACUACAUCCCCAUUCCAGAGAUCUACACGUAUCCCAAUGCCACGGUCGCCCCCGAAACCCGGGCCGUCAUCAGCUGGAUGCAACGCUACCCUUUCAUGCUGAGCGCCAACCUGCACGGAGGCGAACUGGUGGUGACGUACCCCUUCGACAUGACACGCACCUACUGGAAAGCCCAGGAGCUCACGCCCACGGCCGACGACGCCGUCUUCCGCUGGCUUGCCACCGUCUACGCCACCUCCAACCUGGCCAUGGUGGACGACGACCGGCGCCGCUGUCACUACGAUGACUUCAUGAAGGGUGGCAACAUCAUCAAUGGGGCUGACUGGCACACCGUGCCUGGGAGUAUGAAUGACUUCAGCUACCUUCAUACAAACUGCUUUGAGGUCACGGUGGAAUUGUCCUGCGACAAGUUCCCACAUGAAUCAGAGCUGCCCCAGGAAUGGGAGAACAACAGAGAAUCCUUGCUGCUCUUCAUGGAGCAGACCCGCAGAGGCAUCAAAGGCAUCAUCCGAGACAAAGACACAGAAGAAGGCAUUGCGGACGCCAUCAUUUCGGUAGAUGGCAUCAACCACGACAUCAGAACAGCCUUCGACGGGGACUACUGGCGCCUGCUAAACCCCGGGGAAUACGAGGUCACCGCUGCCGCUGAGGGCUACCAUCCCGUCACCCGGACCUGCCACGUUUCUUACGAGGACAACCCCACCAUCUGUGACUUCCGCCUGACAAAGACGCCCAAGCAACGGCUGAGGGAAAUCCUGGCCAAAGGAGGGAAGGUGCCCAAAGACCUGGUCUUGCGCCUCCGCCAGCUGAGGCAACGCAAACUGCAGGCCCAGAAACGGGCCCAGUGAGGGGGACCACGGCCUCCCCUCCACGCUUCUCCCAAAGGAGGAAGGUGACGUCAAAGCCCGGUUCCCUUCUUCCCAGUUAGCAGUUUCCUUCCUCGACCCGAGCGUUUCAGGUUAUAUGUUGAGAGACGCAUCGUUGGCCAAAACCCAAUGAGUGAUUUCUGGGCUUCAGGGGAGAAUAAGGUAUGGGUAUAGCUCUAUCAGCCCCCAGUAUUUGUCCAGAGAUUUUGUUUCCAGCAUCCUAAGCACCUGAAGCAAAUAUUAUUGAUAGGAUUUGGUCCUGGAUUUGCCUACUUGGCUGGUUUGGUGGUUGGUGCCCACAAAGAUCUGAACACUGUAAAAGUUAGACAUAUUAUCAACAUGCCCAAAACAGUGUUGAGUUUCUCAAGA